AUGUUUAAACGCCGCUCAUAGAUCAGUGCAGUCCAUAGGCCAAUAAUGUCAUUCGUAGCAAUGGGCGGACUGUAAUCCAGAAAUAAACACCUGGUUUGAUGAUGUAAUACAUUUGAAUAGGUAGAUUAUAAAACAGUGAAUCUUUCACAUGAAUAGGGCCAGACUGAUAGCAUGAGUGGAAACUGGUCAUGAAAUAUGCAGAAAGCUUGGGCUGUUAUUAGUCUCAUUCUGACUUGUUGCGUGCUGCUCUAUGUAGUGCUUUGGAUGAAUCUCUCUGAACAGUUUCAUAGCAAAACUGUCGUCAUUGCUGCAUUGAUUUUAUCACAACUUGGAACUACUAGUUUGUACACAACUGAAAAACCCAUUUACUCCACUGAGCAAGAAAUCAACAUAACACCUAUUCCGGUUCUCUAUAAGAAAAAUUUUACAAAACUUCCAGUGUGGGAUUUUGAAGAUGUUUAUUUGCGAAACAAUGAAGCAAGAAAACCUACCUGUCCAAAGUUCCUUCAAAACACAGAGGAUCCCAAGUUCAAGGAGGCUGUUCUUCCUGACGUUCAGCUGUGGCUGUACAAAGGUCUACUCAACGUAGCAGAAUGGAAUCGAUUAGCACACUUCAACAAUCCCUUCGGCUUCAUGGAAUACAAGUACAAUGAGGUAAAAAGAGCAGUGGAUUUGAUACCAAAGCCUAAGUCAUCAGUACUACUGCCUGUGCCUGAAAGUUCAAAGGAUGGCUGUAUCCGCUGUGCUGUUGUGGGCUCUGGUGGCAUUCUCAAUAACUCAAAGAUGGGCAAAGAGAUAGACUCCCAUGAUUAUGUUUUUCGAGUAAAUGGGGCUGUUACUCAAGGUUACGAGGAGGAUGUUGGAAACAGAACAUCAGUUUAUGUACAUACAGCUUUUUCCUUAUAUGCCAACAUUCUGAUGUUAAAAAAGUACGGCUUUAACAGUAUUCCACAAGAUGAGGGCAUCAGAUAUGUAAUGAUCCCCGAAGGCCUGAGGGACUUUGAGUGGAUCCAAGGCCUUUUGCAGGGAAAAGAAGCCAAUGGGUCAUUCAAGGGUGUGAGGCCACUGAAAUAUUUCAAAGGGAAAUUUAACGAGAGUAGAUUCUAUGUUCUUCACCCUGACUUUCUUCGAUACAUUCGCAACAGAUUCAUGCCAUCCAAACAAAUGCAGGGCAUUCACUGGGCAAUGUACAGACCGACCAAUGGAGCGUUUGCUUUGUUCUUGGCUCUUCACACAUGUGAUAUUGUGGACGCCUAUGGAUUUAUUACAGAAGACCACCAUAAGUACUCCAACUAUUAUUAUGAAACGUUCAAAAAAACCAGUGUAAUUUUCUUUAUUAACCAUGACUAUGGCCUGGAGAUAAAGACUUGGAAGAAACUGCAUGACUCUGGAAUCAUUAGACUUUUCCAAAGCACUAACACGUCAAAAACAGAAGAAGACUCUGUUCUGUCAACAGGUGUUAUUUGAAAAGAUACGAUUCUUAAAUAAGCUGUGGACUAAAACUAAAUGAAACAUCUGUAUGCUGCAAGUGAAAGGUUGUACUAUCAGUUUUAUCUUUUUUGUUUUUUUUAAAAGGAGAGGAAGGUGAUAUUUAUAUUUUAAAAUGGUCUUGGUUUGUGUGUUCGAUCUUUGUUCUUCACUACAUUACAAAUUCCCAACAUAAAUCUAUUUUUUAUUU